AGAAUAUUAGAAAUAGGUUUCUGAUUUUGUCUUUUCUUCUAACUACCGUCUAUCAGCCGCUCGCUCUCUCUCACUCCGCCCGCCGUUUUUACUCUUUCUCGGUCUCUCUCUGCCGUCCGCCGGUCGCCGCCGCCCCCGCCUCCUCCGAUUUCCCGUGGCCACGGCCUCGCCGCCUCGGACAUCUCUGUCCAAGCGCUGCGACCUGCAAGCGCCAAGCAGGUAGUACAGCAGCAGUGCGCUGCCCAGCUCUCGCCGGCUCGCCCCGCCCCAUCUCCUUCGAUCAACAGCUUCAGUGCGCGAUUGCGGCGCGUCGCCGGCCUCACCUAGCCGUUUUCAACGCCCAAGUUCGCAACAAAGUUAGUUUUGGCCCUGCGAGAUACAAGAAUAGUUGAAAGGAGCAGAAUGCAUCCUCCAUUGACAAUCCACAGGCAUCCCAUGUGUGCUGAGAUUAUUGAGCUUUUCCAGAAAUGCCAUACUGAUCAUCCUAUCGGGAAGUUUUUUGGUGAAUGCACGGAUUUAAAAAUUAAGCUUGAUCAAUGUUUCCGGCAAGAGAAAGCCUUGAGAAGGAAGGCAAAUUUUGAGGAAAGCAAAAAAAUGAAGGAGAGACUGAGAAAAUACAGGAUGGAGAAUUCCGAAACAAGGGAUGAGAAGAGCUUUGCAUAAACCUCAACUUAAAACUAGUUAUGGCUGCUAGAAACGCUGCUGAUUGUUCGUAUGCACAAGUACAAUGUUGCAUCGAUCAUCUGCGUAAUGGGGUGAGAUAAGGUGAGAGAAAAAAAUUCAUAUUUCUAUAUUUUUAGACUCGUGUUUGGCAUCUAAACAUGUAGUGAUUCUGUCUGAUGAGAAAAUGGAAAGAAAGUAUUCAUUUAGUUGUCAGCAUAGCAUGAAACUGUCACAAUUGAAUAAUGAUAAUAUAUGUUGAGAUUGAGCCUCGGCUAUUCUUCCA